AUGGACCAGCACCUGGACAACUUCAAUCCCUUUGUCAACCCCCAAGACCUGGAAAACCACGGCGAUUUCCCCGACGCUGCCUGGUUGUCGCGCUUCGACCAACAUGCUUCUUUACAGUCUGACACCACUAGCGGCUUCCCCAUCCCGAACCAUCAACGCACUGCUCGCAACCAGGACUCCGCUGUGGACCUCACUGUAUAUUCAGAUUCGACCUAUACUCAGGUGAAGACAGAGGAUAACUUCAACGCCUACAUUGACGAUGCAUACGGUACCACUUACUCUACACCAUCCUCAAACACGCCGUCGCCCAACGACAACCCCAUCUUCAGCAACGUCAACUCGCCAGGCGACUUUACUCGCAGCCAAAGCCAAACCAGUUCACCUGACACGAGCAACGACUCGGACGCUUGGCCUGCAAUCCACAUUCCGCAGUCGAUCGAUCCGCUCAAGUGUUUUAUCCAACUGGACAAGACCAAGACUCGCGCAGAAACCCAGAUCAAGACUUUGGUGUCUUUGGACCCCCUUCCUAGGCGUUUUCAAUGGGUUCGCUUUCCUCGUCACACCCUGUCCAAAUCGAAACAGCUGGCAAGUGACGAAGAAGUCGCCGCAAACGAGAGGAAAGACGGCACAGCCCGUCUCCAGCUCACUCUUGUUCUUGCAACUGCGGUAGAGAAACCAGAGGGCCUACAACGCGCAUAUCGGCGUGCAAGGGGCGAGGAGCCCACCCCACGGCGGCAGCGCGGAGUUGCUAUCACCGAGAUUGACAAGGCCGACCGAACUCAUCCAGCAAACGGUGGCGCCGUUACCAUCUGUGAGGGCUGUAAAGAGCGCGAGGCCAAACGGUAUAACCGCAAGAAGAAGCGCAACGCAGAGGAGGAAGAUGAGUGGAACAGCUACGAGGAUGAGCGCAUCAUUAUGAUCAACGAGAAGGAGUUCAAAAGAUGGCAAGAUGUUGAAGACGAUCCGGAGUGUUCGCCAGACGCAAAGAAGGUAGAAUUUGCUAUGCGAAUAACGUGCUAUUGCAGACAUCAAGAAGAGAAGUCGCCAGUGGGCUACCGCGUCGUCUUCACAUUCACCGAUGUCCACAACAACGUGCUCGCGCAGCAAAUUUCCGACGUCAUUCAGAUUACCGAUGAUCACAAGAACAAGGAGAUUCCUAUAGAAGCCAUUCCAAGCUCUCUAAAUAUUCCCUCGGCGUCAUUGGAGUCCGGACCGACCCCAUAUACGGUUCCCCUCUACGAUUACUCGACGGUCUACGGCGUCUAUUCACAGCCUACCACACCGAGUGUUCCUCAAGCGCAAAGUCUUACUCACUCUCAAAGUAUGUUCUUCGCACGAGAUGGUCAGUACUCUCAGAUGACAAACUGCGCCUUCACCCCCCAGGUGCCUCCCCAAAGUGGAAUGGCCUUCAACGGCACUACCAUUCCUGCAACGUCACCUGCUCCCCAAUAUCCCACACAUCAACGUGGUCAAAGCUACUACAAUACACCGGCGCCGGCACUGAUCAGCCCGACGGUGGAGCAAAUGUCACCACAGGCAGGCUUUCCGCUUCACCGCCCUCAUUCUUUGGACAGCUUUCCCCAAUGGAACUUCCAAUUCGCGGCGCAGCAAGCCACAUAUCCUCAAGUUUUUGCGUCUCAGCCGCCGUCUCGUAACCCUUCACGCCCAGCCUCGCCAUCUUGGGAUCAAGGCGGCCGCUCCACGAAGAAGAUGCGCGCAGUCCCUGGCUUCAUGUUGUACGAGGACGACGAGCAAUGA